AUGGGGCUUGUCGGCUCACUCUCAGAGUUGGCGACGCUGCCGGCCGUCGGCGGCCUGCUCUGUCUUUACUUCAUUGUCCAGCGCAUUGUCGAUUAUGUGAAGCUGAGAAAGUUUGGGGGACCAUGGUAUUCGGGCAUUACGCACUUGGGACACAGCAGACAUAUUCUCUCCCCGAAUAUCCACGAGUUUUAUCAAGACGUGAGCGAAAAGCAUGGACCGAUUGCGCGCAUAGCACCAGGCAUACUCGUGACUUCAUCUCCAGAGGUCUGGUCGCACGUCAACAGACAUCCAGGUUAUAAGCGCUCCGACUGGUAUUACCGCGCCUGUCGCGUGGAAUACCGUCGAGAUAACGUCUUCACGCAGACAGACAACGCAAAGCACGAGCAACGGAGGAAGCAGAUGGCGCCAGGAUACUCUGGUCGUGAAAACCUCGACCUGGAGCCAUCAAUCGACGACCGCGUCAACGACCUCCUCAACCUCAUCCGAACAAAGUACAUCUCCACAGACAACGAAGUCGUACCAAUGGACCUGGCGAAAAAGAUCCAGUACUUCACCCUCGACGUGAUUUCCGGCGUCGGGCUAGGCAAAACCUUUGGCAUGCUCAAGAAAGACGCGGACGUGGACGACUAUCUCAAGUCCAGCGAAGAGGGAAUCACGGCCAUCAGCUACGCCCUCGCUUUCGGCGUGAGCUGGCUCGUUCAUGCCCCGAUCAUCGGCAGACUCGUCGCGCCGUCGCCCAACGACAACAACGGCUUCGGCAAGAUGAUCGCCGCGUGUUUCCGGGACGUCGACGAGCGCACCGCAAAAGACACGGAAAAGAAGUCGGACAUGCUCGCGUCCUUCAUCCGGCACGGGUUAUCUGGCGACGAGUUGCGGUCGGAGGCGCUGGAGCAGCUCAUCGCGGGAUCGGACACGACUGCGGGCGCUAUUCGGGGCUCGCUGCUUCACAUCAUUGCGAACCCGCGUGUGUACAUGAAGCUGCAGCGCGAGAUCGACGAAGCUGUCAGGGACGGACUCGCGCCGGCGCUCGGCGAAGGGCUCAUCUCGUUGGAGCAGACGAGGAAGUUGCCGUAUCUGCAAGCUGUCAUACGCGAGUCGCUGCGUAUGCGGCCGCCUGUGGUUAACACUUUCCCUAGAAACAUCCCGGCUGGAGGUGAUGUUAUUAAUGUCAACGGGGAGAGCGUUUACCUCCCUGAAGGCGCUUGUAUUGGGUACUCGGCAUACGCCAUGCACCGCAGCGAGGAGACGUACGGGAAAGAUGCGAAGACGUUCCGGCCUGAGAGAUGGUUCGAGCAGGACGAAGAUAAGCUUGCCGCCAUGAAGAGCGUCAACGAUCUUGUGUUUGGGUAUGGGAGGUUCUUGUGUUUGGGGAAGCCGGUUGCGCAGAUUGAACUUGCUAAGCUGAUAUUUGAGAUGUUUCGAAACUUUGAGCUGGCAUUCAUUGAUCCUGCGCGCCCAUGGAAGAUAUACAACACAAUGGGUCUGUUUGUUAUUUCCGACAUGUGGGUUCAAGUGACGGAGCGGAAGCACUGA